GAUGACAUUUCAAACGGUUUCAAAUUUGUGAGAAACAUGGCGCUCAUUAAUAAAGCUGAUUGGCAUACUCCUGCUUCGUUUUGGCAAAAUGGUCCAGCACCUGGUGCAUUUUAUAAUUUUCCCGGAGGUUCCACGCAUUCCGAUGUCGGCGGAUUUCAAAGAUCACAGGCACCAAUGACAACUGGAACAUCCGUAGUUGGAAUUCAAUUUAAAGAUGGUGUUCUUAUAGCAGCAGACAUUCUUGGUUCAUUUGGAUCAUUAGCUAGAUUCAGAAAUGUUGAACGUAUAAUGAAAGUCAAUGAUAAUAUUAUCCUUGGUGCAGGAGGGGAUUAUGCUGAUUAUCAGUUUCUUAAAAGCCACAUUGAAAGAAAAAUUCUUGAAGAAGAAUGUUUGGAUGAUGGUUUAUCUUUGAAACCAAAAGCUCUUCACUGCUGGUUAACUCGAAUAAUGUACAAUAGGAGGUCACACUUUGAUCCACUCUGGAAUAAUUUCAUUAUUGGUGGUAUAGAGGGAGAUAAACCAUUUUUAGGUACUGUGGAUAAACUUGGUACAGCUUAUAGUGAUCCAGUAAUUGCAACUGGAUAUGGUGCAUACAUGGCAACACCUAUUUUAAGAAAAGCUUAUGAAGAAAAUAAAGAAAUGAAUAAAGAACAAGCAAUUGAGCUUUUAUACAAAGUAAUGCAAGUUCUUUUCUACAGAGAUGCACGAUCUUUUCCAAAAUAUCAGCUUGGUAUAAUGACAAAAGAGGGAGGCACUGAGUUACAAGGACCAUUGACUUUAGAUAGCUAUUGGGAACCUGCUAUUAUGUAAAGAUGAACAUAAAUAAAUUUUCUAUAAUAAUA